AUACUAUGAAUAGUAAUACCACUCAGCUUGAGGAAUAUUACAAGACACCCAAAGAGGUCGCUGAAGCUUUGAAAGUCAAAGAUCUUCAAGCGCUUAUUCGAGGUUUAUCUCGUUUAAGAAGUCAACUCGCCAUCGCCGUCAAAGUUCGUGUAGAUCCUACCGAGAAAUACACUCGCCCUCUUGUAGAGUACUGUCAGGCAUGUGCAGAUAGUCACGAUCUCAACAGUUUAUGGGACUAUCAAGCUUCAUCAAACAUUCAAGAUUUGGAGUGCAUGUUACCUGAUAUCAUUGGGUUGUUUAUCAAACUAUCUACUACACCUGUCAUUCGCUCCUAUGGUGUACAGUUAAUCCAGGUUAUUUUACAACGACAAAUGAAGUACAUUUAUCGUGGCAUUUCUUCCAUGCGUAUCCCUCACUGUCAGUCUACUUUCCGAUUAUUGACUUCGAUUGUUUCUUUUAACGAAUCAACUGCCAGAGAUUUUUUCACGACAUUUAACUUUCAAGCAGAAGGAUUUCUGAGAGCUUCAAGGUAUCGUCAAAACAAAAAAGCAAAGAAACCUCAAAGUUAUAUCUACGAUUUGAGAACAAACUAUGUGCAUUUUGUUCUUGCUUUUUUUAGACAUGCAGAUGCUGAAAUCAAAAGACAAGUCCUUGGUAUCAAAGGUCUUGUGAGUGGUGUUUUUAUAGGAAUGGAUGAAGAUGCGUAUCCUCUUAUUGAAGAGAUUCUUUCAGUCGUAUAUGAAAAACUGAUAUUGGACACCAAUGUACCCAGAAGUACAAAAACUUUCUUUUUCUCAUCUUACAUUUUGGAGAAACUUGCCAAGAUCUAUGCUCGUUACGAAGAAGAGGAAACAGGACUGGAAGAGACGGGCAUACCUGCAGAUUUGGUUCACCAUUUUUUGAUUUCGAUUUGUAGUGUACCUGAUGUUGGUAUUUGUUUUAGAGACACUGCUUGGUAUCCAACUCAGAUCAGCCCAGAAACAGCAGCAUCGACAACAACAAUAAACAACAGUCGUAUUACUAAUCGUGUUUUGGCCAAAUUCAUUACCACAUUGAAGCCUUCAGAUGACAUGAGACAACAAGAACUUAUACUCAAGAUUUUGGACGCAUGUCCUGAAUUAGUACAAGAGUAUUGGAGCAAUGCCACAUUGAUGUUUGAACCUCGUAUUUCGAGUAAAUGGCUGGCCAAUAUCACUGUCUUGCAAAAAAUAAUUCAACUUGCUGUCCCUCCUUUGUUUUAUGGAUCAUCACGCAUGUACCCAGCUGAACCACCAGCAGUGGAUACCAUACUAGACAACGUAUUGCCUAAUGCGUUCAAUAGAUCACUUUCUAGUAAAGGUCUUCAACACGCUAGUGCACUUGUUCGUUACACCACCAUGCUUGUGUUAUCUGCAGCCUUUCAGAAAUAUGGUAAGGUAGCACACGCCAUGAAGCAAGUGAUUAUGGCUCUCGAAUCGUCUGAAUUGGAAAACUCCACUGAGCAAAAGCCAUCAGGCAACUGGAAAAAGUGUCUUGAAAGUGUACGUGAAGGUUUACGUCGUCGUAUUCCCGAGAUUCAGACAUUGGUUGCCUUAUACAAGCAAACAACAAACAAAACCAUCCCUGAUGGUUUGGAGCAAGAUGAAUUCGAAGCUCAGAACCAAUUAUUGCAAGACACUGCUUUUAGAUUGAUCCGAUACUACCAAGAGUUUGUUCCUGAAGCUUUAAUGGAGUCGAAUGUGGAUCCUGGAAAUUUUAUUCCUUCAAACAUCUUGUCUGUCAAGCCUGGUACUCUUAUCCACUUGCUCAAGCUCUUUUUGAGUAUGCCUGAUUUUGACUGGACUUCUCGAUCAUCUGGAUCCUCUACUUCUCAUAUCACUACUUUGUUGACACUCUAUCUUCAAACACCUUACAAACACAUCCGAGAAUUGACUGCAAAACUGUUGAACCAGACCUUGUCUGAAUCGUUUAUGUUUAGACAUGAUUCUGAAGAAGUGCAACUCUGGCUAAAUGCAUUGCCUCAAAAUCAUAACUCGUUUGAUCUGACAAUGUCCAGCACACAACAAGCCGUUCUUCAAUUUUUGGAUAACUGUAUCAGCAGAUUCAGCAAAGCACAAUACAAGUAUACGGAUCAGUUAGUUGACCUUGUUAACAAAGUGAAUUCAGAACACCUUUCCAGCGAAAACGCAUUGAUCCGUGCGUUUGUAUCAUCCAAUAUAAGCACUGCAUCUGACUAUAAGCAUCCUUUCAGUCCUCUCUUGUUGACCUUGUGCGAAAACAUAAACUUUAUCAAAACAGAUAGACAACCUGCCAUAUUCUAUAUCACUCGCCUGAUUUCACUUGUUUUGACCAAACAAAAUGUGCCAUAUUACAUCGAAGCAAUCUGCUCCAAACUAGAUCAACAAUUGGAUAGUCAAAGCGUGAUAUCUCCUCGUCAAGUUCAGCAAUGGACCAAGUAUGAAAUGAUUCUAUCAGCCAAAUUAUGUUUAGGACAAACUGUCGAUGGAACCUUAUCAGAACAAGUACGUAACAACACAAUUGAACAACAACUAUUAACUUUGAUCAAUCAACAAGAGGUCAGUAGUGUAGCUGAUUGUAAAAAAGAAUUUGUGGAUUUACUUGAGCAACUGCCCGUGUGCGUCCUUGAUCAACACCUUGAAAGAGUAGCAACAUUUUGCAGCGAACAAUUACAUUGGACAUCUUAUGAACCUUUGAUUGAUUAUCUUUGUAUCCGUCAUCCAUUGGCCGGCAGCAUCUUUUUUUAUACUGAUAUUGUUGAUAUGAAAUCAUUUGCUUCUAUGGAUUCUACACACACAGCGUCGUUACUGAAGAAAAUACCAUUUACUAGCUUAUUUUACAACAUUACCACAAACAAGUUAUACACAAACGUCUUUGCUGUUGAAGUAUUGAAGAAUGCAUUGAAUCACAUGAAGCCUCGAGAAUUGACUUGUGCUAAUCUGUUUGUUUUCCAACACCUGAACACCAUUUUGUUGCAUUCAGAAAGCAACUUUGAUGCACUCUUUUUCAUUUUUACUCUUGUACGCCAUAUUGUGCUACUCGUAAAACAAAUUCAAGAUGUCAAGAUACGUACAGACUUGUACAACUUUAUCUUCGCCCAUCCUUCAAUAAGCUAUCUUCGUUCUCAAGCUAUGGAUUUUAUUGUACAGCUAACCAAUAUAAAAGCUUUCCCUUCCAACAUGAAUAUCAAGCUCUUUGAAUUGGUGAUUGCAUUUAUUGAUGUAUUUGGCGAGGGAUCCAAUGCUCAAGCUCUUUUAGAUCAGGUUGUUCAAGUUGAUUUUGAUAGCCUUUCUAUUCUCGAUAAAAAACCGACCAAGAACAAUACUCUCAGCGAUGCAAUCAAGAAAUUAUUGAUUGUACUUGUUGAUUACAUGUAUAAAUUUGACACACAAGACUACAAGAUACCCAGCAAGGCAUUUGAAAUCAUUGCCCAGCUUUGGAAGCAACACGCCACAGAAAAAUUCAAUCUACAAGUAUUGUCUUUGCUUGAGUUGAGCUUGACAAAACAAAGACAAGACGAAGCUGAAACGAAGGCUGUCCAUGUUUUGCUACAAGUAUGCUGUGAACCCAUCAUCAAGCACAUUUUAGCUGGCAAACAAUGUACCAUAGACAUUGAUUCGCUUCGAUCUGCUUGUAUUUCUUCUUCAGUGGAUGUGGCUACAAUUGUGAUUGAACAUUUGACUGAUUCUCUAUUAUUGACUUAUCAAUUGGUGGAUGUGAUACAUAUUGGCUACGAUUUAUUAGAUGGUAAUCAAGACGACCAAAAUGAAUAUGUCAAGAGAGUUAUGGAACAUUUAUUGAAGCUAUUGACAUUUGCUGCUGAUGCUAAUGUGCUCUCUAAUGAGCCUCCAGAAGAAGCAUUCUUUGACAAACUUGUUGAAUGGAUGAAUAGCAUGACAUCUGAUUUUGAUUGGGCGAGUGAACUCAAUGCAGAGAUUGUUCGCGACUGCAUUCUAACUUCAUUGAUGGAUAACUUGGCUGAUGCUGAAGCCAUUCGUUUCGUCACGGCUCUUGUCAAGCGUGUUUAUGCAGAUUAUGAUAAGCUCGAGCCUAUUGAAACUUAUUUGCGACGUAUCUUGGAUCAUACCCAAUAUCAACAAUUAACAGCCCCUGAUGUAGCCAAACUGAUUGCUCGACAAGCACCAACCAAUGAUGCUCAACGCCUUGCCAUUCUUCAACUUGUUCAUGCGCUUAAUACUGUUCAACCACUAGUGAUUGCUAAGCACCAUGGUUUAUUAGAUCCUCUAUUGACCAGCUACAGUGCCACAACCACAUUAGCCGACAAAUUGAUUCUCGAUGUGCUCUUUUCUUGUGAGAAAUAUGGACGUGAAACUAUUUUACCAAAGAUGCUUAUGUGGGGUCCCGGCUCAGAUCGUACACGACAAGCUCAUGCUCAAGCUGGUACAUUGUUACAAGCCAAUUCUAUUUCUAUAGAAACACUUGGUCUUAUUGACCCUGCUCUGAUGAAAUAUACCUUUACUCACUUUCCUAGCGGAUGCGCACUCGAGAAACAAGAGCCUCAGUCCACACAAGCUUUCGUCUAUGAUUCUUCUUUCUUUUUCCCCUUGUUUGCCAAUUUGAUUUCUUCUGGUGCUGUAGACUGCCGCAAGUUUAUCGAAUGCAAUGGUUUGGGUUUUGUGAUGAUGGGCUUAUCUUGUUCAGAUGAACAUUUGCGUAGUGUAGCCUAUCAAAUGAUGGAUCAAUUCUAUGUGAUGGUAGAGCAUGCUCGUUUUAGAGAGCAACCUUCUGUUAUGUUUGUGUUGGAAGCAUUUAAGAAUUCAAUCAUCGGUCGAUCUGAAGUGGAUGUACCACCUAGAAUUCCUUCAGCCAUUACUGUUUGCACAGCACAUGCAUUGUCAAUCCUGCUUCAUCCAGAGCAUUUCAUGUUGCCUCAUAUUUCUACAUGGAUCUUGCAAAACUCUACUUUUGACUUUAAUUAUGUGCCAAUGUUUACCUUUUUGUUCACUUCGUCAAAUCCCAAUCACAAAAAGGAACGCCUUUGGUUACUCUAUGUUUUGUCUUCUUCAUUGCGUACAUUUGAAGACUACAAGAUCUUUUCUAGACAAAGUGUGUUUGAUUUAAUAGCCAAUUUUUAUAACUCUGCUUAUGCAGAUCAAAUGAGUAAAAAGGCCAUUAUUGAAAUUAUGGAACAAGCAACGGCAAUUCCUAAUGUCACAUCGAAUUUGAUUCAAUACAAUGGUCUCUUGGCCUGGAUCCAUCAAGCAUUGGCUUUUGCAUCUGAUCAAGAGGAAUAUAAAGCAUGGGAAAAGAUUUUAAAUGCAGCUAUGGCUAGUGUAGGCAAAUUAGAAAAGGUGCCUGAAAAAGUGCAGUCCAUGCUAAAGGACGAAAAGACAAUUCUAACAGAACUGAAAUAAAAAAAAAUACAUAACUGCUUGCGUUU